GCUGGAGCGUGUGGGUGAGGCUUGCCUAAGCCAUGCCCCGCCUCCUCGUUUUUCUCUGGAGGUAUUCCUCUCCUUUUUUGUCUUCCUCCCUAUUAGGGACCUUUUGUCCGACGCACCUUAGUUGCCACCUGGCUAGGUUUGGGACAGGCUUUAGAAAAGGUCUGAGCGCCGUGACUGUGAAACUAUAGAAGUGGGAAGAAUAGAGAGGGAAUAUCUAUUAUUGCUGGAGUUGACCCAUUUUCCCGCGGCUCUGGUUGAGAGGGGAAGCAGCAAGACAGUCUUCCGCCAGCAUUUGCACCAGUUGUUUGUUCUGUUUUUGCUGAAGAGAGGACUCGGAAAUUUUCUUAUUUUUCCUUUUUCUUUUUUUUAAAUGCUAGGCUUGAGUAAUGGCUUGAGAGUACUCGUUUAUAGAAUCAGAAACUUAACUUCAAGACAGAUAUUCCCACACUGGAUGGAAAUGUCUUGAACUCACCAUUCUUAAAUGAGAAGCGAGCCUUUUGUGGAACCUCUGAAUUUACCACCAGCCUAAAUGAGCAGUGAUUUUUCAGAGAAGUUGGAAUGAGACUAAUUGACAUGGUUUGUCUGGGUUAUUGGAUUGAUGAGAUCCAGUGGCUAACUAUGGUCACUCUGUUCAUCGCUGCUUUGGUGACUGUAAGCGUGUAUUUGGUGCAAUAUGCCUUGGUCAUUGUUGGAUCUAGUCCCUGCAGAAUGUCAGCAGACUCCUUCCAGGCAAUACAGAAGGAUGACUUGGGUUUCUUGCUGAAAUGGGUACUAUCCUUAAACAGCUGGAGGAGACAGUGGCAAGUGGCUUGGGUGACAGCUUUGAAUGAAGAAGCUAAACAUAAAGGGGGACCACUAUUUCUUACAUUUGAAGAGGACCAAGUUCAAAAUCCCUUAGAGCUAGUAGUUCAGCCUAUUGUGAAUGUUGGCAAGUCUGUACAGAAGGUGGUAUCCUAUAAUGUUGGUGGAAAUUCAAUUCAAUUUAUAGUUCAUGUGUUUUCUGCUUCAUCUGAUGCUUCAAAAUGUCAGUCAUAUGGUGUACAGCUAUCUCCAUUUCAUUUACAGUUGGAACUUCAUAUGAAAGAGAAAAGAGAAGACAUAUUGAUAAAGUGGUCCUUCCUCAAUGCUUCAGAGAUAAAUAUAAAAAUCCAGCCUAAAGAAACACAGGAGGAUCAGAUAAUUGGGACACUUGAACUAUCCAAAGCUCUCAGGGAUAUUUUGAAACAUCUAGUUAGUUCAGUCUCCCCAUCAGUGGUUUUGAGCAUAAAAACUGUGGAUGUAAGAGAGGCAGAAAGUAUGCGCCACACUUCAACUCUUCCCCAGGACUUGUGCCCUCCUAAACCCCCAAGAGUUCACAAGCUUAAAUUGUCAGUGAAGAACAUUCAAGCAACACUGCUGAAUAAUCGUGGUUCUUCAGGUAGCCUAAACUGUUUAUUUGUGACUCAAUUAAAUGAUCCUUUUCAGAAGUUCUGCAGCUCCGUAACUGAAAGUACUACAAACUUCACUUGGGAUGAGGUGUUCACUUUUGAAUUAAAUGCCAGAUCCAAAGAGUUACAAAUGCACGUUUUAGAAGAUGGGAAGUCCAAAGAUGAUCUAUUCUUUGCUUUGGCAACUGUUCCUAUGGAUGUAUUCAAGAAACAGCCCUCUGGACAACAGUGCUUUGUUUUGAACAGUGGGUCCAGCUAUAAUUACACUGUCUUGGGAUCUAUCACAGCAGAGUUCUUUUACAUAGAACCAAAUGAACCAAAAUCAUGGAAAAAUCCUCCUCCUGUUCCUUCUGCAAAGAUGGAAAAAGACCAAACUGUGAUGCCUUGUGGGACUACUAGUGGUGCCUUCAUGGUUAAUUCUCUAACCACUAUGAAAACAAAUCCUGCAUUAGAUGUGGAUAGAUUUUCUGCAUUGAAUUCUGAAUUGUUGGGAUUAAAUGAUUCUGAUCCAGUUGCAGAAGCUGCUGUUCAACAGCUAAGUCAUUCUCCAAAUUUGAAAUUCAAGUCACCAAGGAAGACUAAUACUAUUAUCAUAGAAGGGGAAUCCAAGAUUUCAUUAUCUCAGGACAGUGAAGCUCCACUGAUGAUAGACUAUGCAGCCUCCAUGGACAGCACAUAUCAACAAGAAUUCCCUUCAUAUUAUGAAGAAGUUGUAUCUACUGAACUUAUUGAUGAAAAUUUAUCAAAACAUGUAUUGCCUGCCUUAGAAACACAAGAAAAUGAAUUUGAUACUUGGAAACUGGAGAGGAAUGCCAAAUCUGAAGAGUGGAAUAGUGAUGCUCAGAUAGACCAGGAUAGUGAAGAAAAGCCAAGGAGUUUAUCGGCAGUUUUGAGAAAAUAUAAAGGUGGAAUUUUAAGAAAGGGAGCAAAAAUCUUCUUUCAUCCAUGGCAUCAUCAGAAAAAUCCUGGAAUGAGCCAGUCACACAAUGACCUUAUAUUCCUGCAGCAACCUGAUGAGAUUCACAGAAAAUCAACAAAGAUAACAAGAACUUUUAAUAAGAAUCUACUUUCCAUAUGCAGAAGCAAGAGCAAAUUGAAUGUCUUCUCAGUGGAUCCCUCUUUAUAAAACUGUGUUAACUUAUGUGACAUGCUUAUGAACUGACCAAUUGUUUCUGAAUCAAUAUUAGAAUAUAUGAACAUAGCAUCCAGUUGUAUACGUUGAAAAGUACUAUUUGUUAGCUCUCUGCAUCUCAUCAUAAAGGGAUAGCUUUUUGGCUAUUUGGUAUUUUGUUUAGAGGGCUUAAUAUUUGUUUUUUAAGAUUGAUAUAUUAAAUAGGUAGAUAGAAAAAAGAUUGAUGUAUGAUUUUGAAAUAAAAAUAGUACUAAAACGGGAAUGUGAAGUGAAACUCAAAAAUAUACAAGGACUUUUUCCUUUGGUAUUAUCCAUAUUACUUGACAAGUUUUUGUUGUUUUUUGCAGAGGCAAUUAGGAUUGUGACUUUCUCCAGGCCACACAGCCAAGUGUCUGAGGUCAGAUUUGAAUUAGGUCCUCUUGACUUCAGGGCUGGUGCUCUCCGAGUACACCAACUAGCUGCCCUCUUGAAAAGUUUUGCAGAUAUUUAACAGACAUUUUCUAAACAUUUUCUAAGUUUAUUACUUAUAGCUGUUAAUUUUUUACAAUUGUUUACAUUUUUCUCAAUUAUACCAACAGCUAAUUGUAGUGCCAUUGUACUAGGUAAUUAUAAUUUCAUUAGAUAGAAUACUGGCUAAGAAAACUUGAAAAGAGAAUAUAAGAGCCAAAAAUGUCUAUUCUUUGAAGAAAGGGGUGGGUGGGUGAGAAUGCAGCCCAGGUCAGAAACAGGUCAAAAUUUUUGUGUUCAUUAGUAGUGGAAUCAAUCAGUGAGUAGCAUCUGCAUUCCCAGCCUAGAAAACACAAGAGGGAUAUUGUUGCAUACAGGGCUAUUGCAGAAGUGAUCUAUGCUUCUUGCUACUGUCUUAGCCUAAGUAAUUUUUUUCUCCAUUGGACCUCGGAAACCUAUUUUCCACCAUUUUUGACUUCUGCUUUUGCUCAUCUUGUGUGCAUUUAUUUAAAAAAGUUUUACCAAUCUCUUAAUGUUAUUAAUCUAUUUUGUUUAGAUUUCCUCAAUUGCUUAGUUUCCUCAAUAUAAAAACAAAUGGAUGUUUGAGACUAGUAAUUUCUUUAGGUCUGGUUUUCUAAUAAUAUUUUGAAUACCUUUUAUUACAUCCCCAUCAUUUUUCAUUAAUGAUUAGGCUAAGAAUUGCAAGUCCUGUCACUUUGGAUUGCACCUUGAGUUCCUGUGCAACCAUUAUUCUAUUCCCUUGUGUGGGUUCAGAAUAAUCUCAUGUUGUUCAAAUGUUUUCCUUAUUAAUUGAAGGCUUUACAGAAUUUUUUGUCAGUGAACUAUCCUUUAAAUUAUAAUUAACCACUAUGUAUAUUGAGUUGACUGCAUAAAUUGUUUUGUGUUUUUUUUUUUUUUUUUUGCUUGGGUGGGGAUGGGGAGGGUCUAUUUAGGCAAUCUACUGAUUCAAUUGAUAUGUUUUUGUGUCUUGAAGAUGAAGGCAAUUUUCUUGCAAUGGGUCUUCAGGUUUUUUGACUUUUCAGGUUCUGGCAGAUUUUUAAAGUUAUCUACACAUCUUGUAUUUAAUAUCAAUGUUUUGUUUGUAUAGAAAGCAUGCUUUGAUAUUGCUUUAUUCUUCCAGAUUUACCUUUACUUCUUUGUAUUUGUUCCUCUUUAUUUUUUCAUUUCUUCGGUAAAACUUAUCAUCAUGAAUUUAUCCCAUACGUUAUUUCUGUUACUCAAGCCAUCAAUUCUGAUAGAAUCAAAAUUUUGAGUUUGACGACUCCUGACAUCUUUGAUAAAAUCAGCCUUCACUUCUCUCCCCAUCUCCCCUCCUUAUUUUCCCAUAAUACUUUGAUUCCUUCCCUCUGGAUGGCUAUUUCUUUAGGGGCAAGAUCGUCAAGUCUUCUUAGUCUCCUCCCAUGCUAGGCAAUUCCUAGGUCACCAGCUUUAGUGUCUUCCCUAAGUAACACCUGGGAGGACAAAUGGAUCUAGUUGAAUGAUGGGUGCUUUCCUUCUGAUUUAAUAGCAUCAUAUAGCUAUAAGCACAUGGCCUUCCCCAGUUCUACUCCCGAUUCUCUGCCUCAGUGCUGUUGUAGCACUGAGUAUUGUGACACAGGGAUGUUGCUGCACCAAAGGCUAUUGCUGCACAGUGAUGCCAUGAUUCUUGCUGCUGCCUCUGCCUAAGGGCAUUUCUUCCUUGAAUCUCUUUAGCACCGGGUAGGGUAGGUGGGGUGUUUCUAUUAAAAACCCUGGUCUGCUUGUACAGCCCUGCAUUUAUAUCAUUGUGGCAGUGGGUAAAAUGAUGCUGAAUGAUCAUGCUAAAAGUUGGGUAUAAUGUUAGUUCACUAUAUAUAUAUAUAUAUUAUAGCUUUUUAUUUACAAAACAUACGCAUGGAUAAUUUUUCAACGUCCACUCUUGUAAAACCUUUUCUCCCUCCUUCCCGCCACCCCCUCCCCUAGAUGGCAGGUAGUCCAAUAUAUGUUAAAUCCAAAAUAUGUAUACAUAUUUAUAUUGUUAUCUUCUGCACAAGAAAAAUCGGCUCUGGAAAGAAAGUAAAAAACCUGAGAAGGAAAACAAAAAUGCAAGCAAACAAUAACAGCAAGAGUGGAACUGCUCUAUUGUGGUCCACACUCAUUUCCCACACUUCUCUUUCUGGGUGUACCUGAUUCUCUAAAUUAUUGAUUAGUUGGAACUGGUUUGAAUCAUCUCAUUGUUGAAGCUAGCCAUAUCCAUCAGAAUUGAUCAUCAUAUAAUAUUGUUGUUGAAGUGUCUAAUGAUCUCCUGGUUCUGCUCAUUUCACUUAGCAUCAGUUCAAGUAAGUCUCUCUUGGCCUCUCUGAAAUCAUCCUGCUGGUCAUUUCUUACAGAACAAGUUCACUAAUUUUUAACCUCUCGUUUUUUUGUUUUUUUUUUUUUGGUGUCUGAAACAAUUGGAGAAAAUUGAAUUGCUUUAGCUUUUGCAUAUAAUACCUACUUUGGAGAGGAUCAGAGAAAAUUUCUACUCCUGCUAGUCUCAAAAACAAAAGGAAACAAAGCCUGAAGGGCUUUGAUAAAGAGGUAAGGGAAUAAACUCCCAUUCUAUUCCUUUAAAGAAGUGGGAGAUCCUGGGUGUGGUAUAUCUUGCAUAUUUUUCAGACUUUUGCUGAUUUUUUUCUUCUCUUUCUUAAGAUAUUGUUAUAUGGAAUAACUGGGAGGGAGAAAGAAAGGAUUUAGGAGAAAAUUUAUUGUAAAAAAAAAGCUAUCAAUAAUUUUUUUUAAAGCAUGUAAAAAUGGAAAGGAUGAAAUACCCCAUAAGCUUUUAACUUUUUAAAAAAUAAAUUCUACAUGUUUCCGCAUUGAA